AUGAGUUCAACAACAUCAUUAUUAUCUUCUUUUGUAGUUUCCGAUAAUUUAAUCCAAUAUUCUUCAGGUUUAAUUCCAAUUUCCUAUACUGAACUUAAUUUAAAACAAACUUUACUUGGUGGACAAUCAUUUCGAUGGGUUGAACAAUCGCCAAAUGAAUUUAUCGGUGUUCUGAAAUCAUAUAUUAUUUAUUUACAACAUGAAAAUGAAAAUCUUCAUUAUACAUUUUAUACAAAUAAAAGUUGUAUUAUAGACUCAAAUGAAAAUGAUCGUCAGAAUGAAACUUCACGUAUUAUACAUAAUUAUUUUCAAUUAUCAAUAAAACUUCAUGAUUUAUUUCAACAAUGGUGUAAAUCAGAUGUUAGAUUUCAAAAUGGACUAAUACCAACUGGUAUUCGAGUUUUAGAUCAAGAUCCUCUUGAAAAUUUAAUAUCAUUUAUUUGUUCCAGUAAUAAUAAUGUACAGCGUAUAACAAAAAUGGUAAAACAACUUUGUAUUGAAUAUGGAAAAGAAAUUGGUACAAUAAAUGGAAUAGUUUAUCAUCAAUUUCCGACAAUUGAUGAACUUGAUAAAUCUAAUCUCGAAACACGUUUACGAGAAUUAAAUUUUGGUUAUCGUGCACGAUAUAUUCAACAAGCAAUUAAAUAUCUUAAAUACACAAUAAAUGAUAUUACAUUUUUCGAUCGAUUGAAAUCUCUAUCAGUUAAAGAAGCACGUGCAGAAUUAUUAAAAAUCAUGGGUGUUGGUCGAAAAGUUGCUGAUUGUGUAUUAUUAAUGUCAUUAGGAAAACAGGAUGUUGUUCCAGUAGAUACUCAUAUACAUUCAAUUGCAGUAACACAUUAUGGACAAAGUAAAAAAUUACAAUUAAAUACAACUAAUUAUAAUGCUAUAUCGACAUUCUUUGAACAACUUUGGCAACCAUUUGCUGGUUGGGCACAAGCUGCGGCAUUUUCUAAUGAACUUCGCUCGAUAACAACCUAUAAAUCUAUUAUUCAAUCAACAUCGUUAAAACGUUCUAUAAGUAGUUAUGAAACUCAUAGUCAAUGUAAAUUAGUAAAAAGAGAAAAAAAACUUUUAUCAAUUAAAUAA